AUGAAUGAACACAUUAGGCGAGGCGAGGCGCGGGCGGCGUCAUUACGUGCCCCCAUUAAUCACUGCAACAAUCGGCCGAUAUCUCGCUAUUUACAAACGCGGGAGCACGUGUACCGCGUACUACGAGCCACGCCGAGUGUAUUGACCCAUUUAGAUAGCUCGACCUUCGCGCGGCCAUUUGGUGAUAUAAAAAGCUCUGUGAAGUCGAAGCUGCGCCAGCUAAGAGAACAGGAUGUCGGACUGGUUGACGCACACAGGCGCACGCGCACACACACACACACAUACACACGAGCACAUGCACGCACACAUCGACCAACGGCCUCGCCAGUCGCCGCUCACGGAAAUGUUGCUGUAGCGUUAGAUACACUCGGACGGCCGCUACGCGAUGUUAUUAUACUCUGCAGCUGUGUGCGUCCCUUCACGUGCACCUCACACACACAGGCGCAGCCUGGCCCCCCUCCCCCCUCGCCCCGCCCGACUGCCGUCAGCCCCUCGGUCGACCCGGUCUCCCCGCCGCCCCGCGCCUCACCCCCGCGCCGACCCUCGCUCGCUCGACAACGAUAUGGCUUAGCGCGUUGUGAGGCAAUGCCGUGCCGCCAUCUAUUCGCUUUUUCCAAUGCCAUAGAAAGUUCGUUCGACUCGCCAGUCGCCCCACCGAUCGAACUUUUCUGCCUUCUGACCCCUACAUCGUCGCUCGCUUCGAUACCCUCGUUUUACAGUCACAUGAUGUGCUCGGGGCAAAUCCCACAGUCGUGUUUGGGAUCACGGUCUCUUUACCUGGCCCGUUCAGUGUGGGGUGGCUCCCCGGGUGCAUAUUGUGUCCAAAAAAAGGAAGGGUCUCACAAAGCGGGUCGGGCUCAGGUAUCUGACGUUUUUAAAACCGUAUCUUUAUAUUAUCUGAGGGCGCCAAUUUUGUUCUUCUUAUUCCUAUUCUUCCGUCCUAACAUGAGACAUGUUCAUGUGGUGUUCUUUAGUAGUUCGUUACUCGGUCUCCGUUAG